AUGCUUAGCAGUGUUAAAGCCUUUCCUGGCUUCUACUAUUGUGUUGGCUAUACCUCCAUUGCUCCUACUGCCAUAUGCCUAAGCUGGGAAAUCGCACUUCUCGCUGGGACAUUGCCGGAUAGUCACGGUGGUGCAACUGCUUCCGCUGGCACGAUUCAGGAUGAUUGCCUUAUACUCUAUGGUGGUUGCCUUGGGGCGCUAUUUUUCCACUCCAAAUCGGCUACCCGUUCUCCCUUGGAGACGAUCGAAUAA